CCAGUGCCGGCGCAGUGCACGGGGUCUUGUGCCGCCCAGCGCUGCAGACGAUAAAUGAUACACCCGCCGCUGAGUGGCGCAGGUCAGUGAGGACGGACGGAUUGACCGGUGUGGUUUUCUUGGUGCACGCGGCAUUGGCAAGAACUACGUUUACGUCAUAAAGAAAAUGGAAAAGGGGCUGGAAAUUGAAAAGCUUCGUGGCCAGCUACAGGAGCUGCAGGGCCGGACGGUAGCCGAGUUCACCAGCCACCUCUCCGGCCUGAUGGAGCGGCACGUGGCCGGCCUGCAGGCGACCGCCGCGCCUCCGCUCGCGAACGGGCACGUCGCCGGCUCCAGAAGGGAUCACGGAAAACGGUUUGUUCCGCGGGAGUCUCUGCUUACGGAGCUGUUCCACAUCAGCCACAUCCGCACCAUUUACCACAUCUUCGUGGCCAUGCUGGUGCUGCUUUUCACGCACGCCAUCCUGAUCGACAUGGUGGAGCACGGCACGCUGAGUCUGAGCCCGAGCCUGCUGGUGUACGCGUUCGGAGGUGUCCGGGUGACGGCCGAGACCUGGCUGCUCAUGUUCUGCUCCGUCAUCUUCCUCGUGUACCCGACCUUCCACUUCUGGGCCACACACCGCUCGUCCAGUCCAGUGUUGUUCGACUGGCUGUUUUCCUCCAUGUUCGUGGCGUACUGUGGCUGUCUGCUCUACCUGCCUGCUGUCGUGGUAAUGCAGCACAGGCUGCCGCCAGCCUCCUCCUUCAUCGUUCUACUGGAGCAGAUUCGUCUAUUCAUGAAAGUGUAUGCGUUCGUUCGUUCCAAUGUGGUUCGGGCAAGAGCCCCUGAGACGAAGGACUUGGACAGAUGUCCCAACUUCAGCACAUUCCUCCUCUUCAUGUUCGUACCCACUCUGGUGUACAGGGACAGCUACCCCAGGACGGACCGGGUGCGUUGGGGGCGCGUCGUGCUGCACCUGGCGCAGGUGGUCGGCUGCGUGGUCUACACAUCGUUCCUGUUGGAGCGCUUCUUCCUGCCGCCCUUCCAGCGGUACGGUCUGGGUCCGGUGACCUGGCGCCACCUAGUGGUGCACGUGUUCGGCAGCGUUAUGCCCGGCAUGCUCUGCUACCUGUGCGGCUUCUUCGCUCUGCUGCACGCCUGGAUGAACGCCUUCGCCGAGAUGACCCGAUUCGCCGACCGCAUGUUCUACCAGGACUGGUGGAAUGUUACCAACUACGCCAGCUUCUACCGCACGUGGAAUAUUGUGGUCCACGACUGGCUGUAUGAAUACAUCUACUCGGACGUGGUCCGGUACCGCGGCAAGCUGAUGGCUACGCUGGCCGUCUUCGUCGUCUCGUCAAUCGUGCACGAGUACACGCUCAUGUUUGUCUUCAACUUCUUCUUCCCCAUACUGUUCCUUCAGUUCGGCGUGUUCGGCGUGCUGCUGCACUUCAUGAACGUGCGCAGCGCGGCUGGCAACGUGCUGCUCUGGAUCACCCUGUCGCUCGGCGUUGGCAUCGACAUGACUUUUUACACAGCCGAGUGGUACGCCCGACACAACUGCCCGCAGAUAUACGACAACGUCUAUGCCGACUUUUUCUCAUCAAGAGCGCUGUCCUGCUGGUCAAGGAACAUCACGGAGGACGUCCUCGGCGAGUCCACAGUCCCGGCCCCAGCGUGACGACUCCUGCCUCCGCCACUGCGUCUGGCCUGCAGAUGGCUACGAGGGUCGGCCGACGUGAGGCUGCAAGCGACGGGAUCACGUGCCUCCGAUGGAAAGUUUUGGUACUAGAGCUUCACAGCGCGCGCACAAGAGGCCACUGCUGUCUGCCGCAGCGUGAGCGGGCGCCGGUGGCUGGGGAUGCGUGGCCACAUCGGGAGAUGGCGCUGUGGCCGGGCGUCGCCGGUCGCCGCCGGGCUCGCGCCCGCCGC